CCCACUGCUAUAUGGACAUCAGCUGCAGAUUUUCCAGACAAACGGUUACAUAUCCGAACAUACUGUGUUGUAGUGAUUGCUCUGAUGUGUUGGAUCGUUUGGUGUUUUUAGACGGUUUUUAUUAUUUCGCAGUCGGAGUUAUAAGUUUUACAAGCUGAGGACGCCUUUUUGUGUCAGGAUGGGAGACAAAGGAUUUCCACCGCUUCGUCCGAUCCUCUGCUUUGCUUCCUUUAUUGUAACGCUGCACCUCGUUAAUGGAGACCUGAGUUAUUCUAUUCCAGAAGAGAUGAAACGCGAGUCUGUUAUUGGAAAUAUAGCCAAAGAUCUCGGUCUUGAUCUGAGGACAUUAUCUUCCCGAAAGGCCCGUGUGGAUGUUGAAGGAACUCGUAAGCGGUACUGUGAUAUUAAUCUGAGUACUGGAGAUUUGGUCACAUCGGAGAGAAUUGACAGAGAAAGCGUUUGUGGCAAGAAACCGUCGUGUGUUGUUGCGGUUGAUCUGGUGUUGGAAAAUCCUCUGGAGCUUCAUCGACUAAGUCUUCAUAUUCAAGAUGUGAACGACAACUCCCCAAAAUUCAAAAAACAAUUGACUGAAAUGGAAAUACGCGAGUCAGCGGUCAAGGGUAACCGCUUCUCUAUCGAGGAGGCCCAUGACGCAGAUAUAGGUCAAAAUGCUGUUCAAAGAUACAGCCUACAAAAGAACGACAACUUUAUUCUCGCUGUUGACAGCAGCAAAGUUGAACUGGUACUGGAGAAUGCACUUGAUCGAGAAAAGCAAGAAGAGAUUAAUUUGGUUCUGACAGCUUUCGAUGGUGGCUCUCCUCAGAGAUCAAGUACUGUAGUCAUACACGUCACUGUGCUGGAUGCUAAUGAUAACGCCCCAGUGUUCAGUCAGGCCGUUUAUAAAGCCAGUCUGCCUGAAAACUCUCUUCCAGAUACCAUAGUGAUUACUGUUAGUGCUACUGACGCAGAUGAAGGAGUGAAUGGAGAUGUGACAUAUGACUUGAGCCAUGUGUCUGACGACGAUGUAAAUGUGUUUUCUAUUGAUUCUAAAACUGGAGAAAUUAAAGUAACUGGUUUGAUUGACUUUGAAGAAAGCAGUUCUUUUGAAAUGAGAGUGGAAGCUAAAGAUGGUUUAGGACUAAUCUCGUACGCGAAAGUUAUAAUAGACGUUACUGAUGUAAAUGACAAUGCCCCUGUUAUUUACCUUAAAUCACUGUCUAACCCCAUACCUGAGGAUGUGUCACCUGGUACAGAGGUGGGCAUCAUUAACGUGCAGGAUAGAGACUCUGAGAAUAACAGACAGGUCCGCUGCUCCAUUCAGCAAAACGCCCCUUUUAAGUUGGUUCCUUCUAUUAAAAACUAUUAUUCUCUGGUGACCACAGGACAACUGGACCGUGAAGUAGUGUCUGAUUACAACAUUACAAUCACUGCCACUGACGAGGGCUCUCCACCUCUGUCCUCCUCUAAAACUGUUGAGUUAUCUGUAGCAGACAUCAACGACAACCCACCUGUGUUUGAGGAACAGUCGUACAGCGCAUAUGUGAGUGAAAAUAACAAACCUGGCUCCACUUUAUGUUCCGUUAGUGCUCGAGACCCCGACUGGAGACAAAACGGUACAGUGAUUUAUUCUCUGUUACCCGGUGAGGUGAACGGUGCCCCGGUGUCCUCCUAUGUGUCUGUUAACGGAGACACGGGGGUGAUCCACGCUGUGAGGUCGUUUGAUUAUGAACAGUUCAGGAGUUUUAAAGUCCACGUGAUGGGCAGAGACAACGGUUCUCCUCCGCUGAGCAGCAACGUGACCGUCAGUGUGUUCAUAUCGGAUGUGAAUGACAACUCUCCUCAGAUACUGUACCCCGGGCCGGAGGGCAACUCCUUCAUGACCGAGCUGGUCCCCAAAGCUGCACACGGAGGCUCUCUGGUGUCCAAAGUGAUAGCGGUGGACGCGGACUCCGGACAGAACGCCUGGCUGUCCUAUGAUAUAGUGAAAUCCACUGAUCCGGGCCUUUUCACUAUUGGUGUCCACAGCGGAGAGAUCAGGACACAGCGGGACAUUUCCGAGUCUGACAGCAUGAAACAGAACCUGAUUGUGUCAGUGAAAGAUAACGGACAGCCCUCUCUGUCUGCCACCUGUUCCAUGUAUUUACUGAUUUCUGAUAACUUGGCUGAGGUGCCAGAACUGAAGGACAUUUCUUAUGAUGAGAAGAAUUCCAAACUGACGUCUUAUCUGAUCAUCGCGCUGGUGUCUGUGUCGACGUUUUUCCUGACCUUCAUCAUCAUCAUCCUGGGUGUGAGGUUUUGUCGCAGGAGAAAGCCCAGACUGUUGUUUGAUGGAGCAGUUGCCAUCCCCAGCGCUUAUCUCCCUCCUAAUUACGCAGAUGUUGACGGCACAGGAACUUUACGCAGCACUUACAAUUAUGACGCCUACCUGACAACAGGUUCAAGAACCAGUGACUUCAAGUUCGUGUCAUCUUACAAUGACAACACACUGCCUGCUGACCAGACUCUGAGGAAAAGUCCAUCAGACUUUGCUGAUGUAUUUGGGGAGUCAGAUGGAUCUCCAGAGCUGCUUCACAUCGGUAACGGAGACGUGAGCUUUUCUAUUCCCGAGGAAAUGAAAUCCGGAUCUGUUAUUGGAAAUAUAGCAAAGGAGCUCGGGCUGAACGUAGGGAAAUUAUCUGCCCGAAAGGCCCGCAUUGACAGCGAGAGGAAUCGCGAACGGUACUGUGACAUGAACCUUAACACUGGAGAUCUUAUUGUAGCUGAAAGAAUCGACAGAGAGGCACUCUGCGGCGAAAAGGCAUCUUGUAUCCUUAAAUUUGAGUUAAUCUUAGAGGCACCACUGGAGUUGCACCGUAUUUCACUACAGAUACAAGAUAUCAAUGAUAAUCCGCCUGUUUUCACUAAAGAUGAAAUCAAGUUAGAAAUCAGUGAAUUGGCUGUGAAAGGAUCUCGCUUUCGUGUCUUGGAGGCACACGACAUGGAUAUCGGGCAAAACGCUGUUCAGAGCUAUGCGUUACAGGCGAACAGUUAUUUAGUGUUGAAAAUUCAGUCAAAAUCAGAUGGAGGUAAAUAUGCAGAGCUGGUGUUGAAUAAGGAUUUAGAUCGCGAGGAACAGCAGGAAUUGAGAUUAUUGCUCACUGCACUAGAUGGAGGCACUCCUCAAAGAACUGGCACUGCAACUGUACACGUGACUGUCCUGGAUGCUAAUGAUAACGCACCAGUGUUCAGCCAGGCCGUUUAUAAAGCCAGUCUGCCCGAAAACUCUCCUCUGGAUACUGUAGUGGUUACAGUGGCUGCAAAUGAUGCAGAUGAAGGUCUAAAUGGCGAGGUGACUUAUGAAUUAAGUCGUAUUUCAGAAACAGGUAGAAGAGCAUUUUCCUUAAAUCACAACACAGGUGAAAUUAAAGUAAUAGGGCCUUUGGAUUUCGAGAAAGAGUCAAUAUAUGAAAUGCGCGUAGACGCCAAAGAUGGAUAUGGUCUAACCUCAGAUUCCAAAGUAAUUAUUGAAAUAUCUGAUGUUAAUGACAAUCCACCUGAAAUAAACUUAAAAUCUCUUAAUAACCCCAUACCUGAGAAUGUGUCACCUGGUACAGAGGUGGGCAUCAUUAACGUGCAGGAUGCAGACUCUGAUACUAACGGACAGGUCCGCUGCUCUGUUCAGCAAAACGCCCCUUUUAAGUUGGUUCCUUCUAUUAAAAACUAUUAUUCUCUGGUGACCACAGGACAACUGGACCGUGAAGUAGUGUCUGAUUACAACAUUACAAUAACUGCCACUGACGAGGGCUCUCCACCUUUGUCCUCCUCUAAAACUGUUGAGUUAUCUGUAGCAGACAUCAACGACAACCCACCUGUGUUUGAGGAACAGUCGUACAGCGCAUAUGUGAGUGAAAAUAACAAACCUGGCUCCACUUUAUGUUCCGUUAGUGCUCGAGACCCCGACUGGAGACAAAACGGUACAGUGAUUUAUUCUCUGUUACCCGGUGAGGUGAACGGUGCCCCGGUGUCCUCCUAUGUGUCUGUUAACGGAGACACGGGGGUGAUCCACGCUGUGAGGUCGUUUGAUUAUGAACAGUUCAGGAGUUUUAAAGUCCACGUGAUGGGCAGAGACAACGGUUCUCCUCCGCUGAGCAGCAACGUGACCGUCAGUGUGUUCAUAUCGGAUGUGAAUGACAACUCUCCUCAGAUACUGUACCCCGGGCCGGAGGGCAACUCCUUCAUGACCGAGCUGGUCCCCAAAGCUGCACACGGAGGCUCUCUGGUGUCCAAAGUGAUAGCGGUGGACGCGGACUCCGGACAGAACGCCUGGCUGUCCUAUGAUAUAGUGAAAUCCACUGAUCCGGGCCUUUUCACUAUUGGUGUCCACAGCGGAGAGAUCAGGACACAGCGGGACAUUUCCGAGUCUGACAGCAUGAAACAGAACCUGAUUGUGUCAGUGAAAGAUAACGGACAGCCCUCUCUGUCUGCCACCUGUUCCAUGUAUUUACUGAUUUCUGAUAACUUGGCUGAGGUGCCAGAACUGAAGGACAUUUCUUAUGAUGAGAAGAAUUCCAAACUGACGUCUUAUCUGAUCAUCGCGCUGGUGUCUGUGUCGACGUUUUUCCUGACCUUCAUCAUCAUCAUCCUGGGUGUGAGGUUUUGUCGCAGGAGAAAGCCCAGACUGUUGUUUGAUGGAGCAGUUGCCAUCCCCAGCGCUUAUCUUCCUCCUAAUUACGCAGAUGUUGACGGCACAGGAACUUUACGUAGCACUUACAAUUAUGACGCCUACCUGACAACAGGUUCAAGAACCAGUGACUUUAAGUUCGUGUCAUCUUACAAUGACAACACACUGCCUGCUGACCAGACUCUGAGGAAAAGUCCAUCGGACUUUGCUGAAGCGUUUGGUACGCCAGAUGAGUCUCCAGAGGUAGGCCCCAUACAUAUCUGUAUCAAACAUUAA